AUGGGCUCAUCCCUGAUUACAAAUUCUAAUCUAAACAAAUUUAAUUGUAGUAAUAAGAUAGAGUUAGAAAGAGCUUGGAUCUAAUGUGACCCCUUCAUUUUAUAGGUGAAGAAUCAAAUGAGGUACAGAAAUGGCAAAAGACUUGUCCAAUGUCACAUGAAUACUAAAUGGCUAAUGGGGAGAUUUGAACCCAUUUGACUCCAGCAUCUGUGAUUUUUCCAUUGUAGAAUAUAGCUUUCUUUUUCACCUGGUUCUAGUCUAUAAUUGACAACAGAAGUUGAUUCCCAAAUGAAAAUAAAUUACUAACUUAAGUUUAAUAUCUCUUCUAUAUUGUCUUUCAGGUUGAACUCUAACACAGAAAUGUCCUGCCAGCAAAGUCAACAGCAGUGCCAGGCUCCUAAAUGCCCACCCAAGUGCCCAUCUAAGUGCCAGACACCAAAAUGUCCUCCUAAAUGCCCUCCCAAAUGUCCUCCCAAGUGUCCCCCCAAGGCUCCAUGCCCUCCACCAGUCUCUUCCUGCUGUGGCUCUAGCUCUGGAGGAUGCUGCAGCUCUGGGGGAUGCUGCAGCUCUGGGGGAUGCUGCAGCUCUGGCUCUGGGGGUGGCUGCUGCCUCUUUUCCCAUCACAGGAGAUCCCAUAGGAGCAGGCGCCAGAGGAAUGACUGCUGUGACAGUGGCAGUGGGCGCAGCCAGCAGUCUGGAGGCUGCUGUGGCAGCUCUGGAGGCUGCUGUGGAAGCUCUGGGGGUUGCUGUGGAAGCUCUGGGGGCUGCUGCUGAUCAUCUGAUUCUCUCUACACCAAGAAUUAACAAUAUGGAACCAAACAAAAGCUAACAAUGACCCUGCCUCAAUCUAAGUUUAUCUUCCUUCUUCAUUUACCUUACAUCUCCCUAAGAAGAUCUGUGUGGAUCUUGGUCUCCUCAAGUCUUUUACUGAUUCUGUGUUUUGAACCUGUCUGACCUCAAUUCUAUUUUUUCAAUUAUUAUUUGCAAAAAUAAAUUCACUUUCAUAGUA